UCGGUUUUCGUAGUGGCGUUUUCGUCCCGAUCGGCUAGUUAGAUCGUUUGCUUGCCCUCGCUGGUAUCGCUUGCAGUGAUAUCGCAUGAUCUUGCGCGCAUCCGUAGGAAAUCCCGGAGUUCUCUUUGUGCGAUAUUCUUCAGUUGUGAUUUCUGGCGUUUUCAAGGUGCUAGCGCUUCGGCGUACACGGCGGGUAAUCGCCGUACUAACCGAUAUACACACGGUUCUCUAUUUGUUAGUAGACUGUUGAAAAUCCUGUCUGAAAAACUAACGUCAAAUGUGCCGGUACUUGUAAUUGCGAGUCUAACGACGGUAAUAAUUUUCUUCGUUGCUUGAAUUUUGUGCGAUUGGUCCCCUAUAACAAGUGAACAUUGUUCGACAAAAUAUACAAUAAGCAUUGUUGAACGCAUCUUCCUUUCCAUAUUUACUCAUCUCUAUUGUUCUCUAUAAUAGAAUAUUUAAUUAAUUGAAUGAUUGAUUUUUAUAUGCACAGAAUAUACAACGUAAUUUUCAUAGAAAAGAAUUUAGAAGCAAAGAGAGAAACUGAGAGUUGUACUGCGACUGGCUGCCCAACAUCUUUAAUAGCUGAUAUCUUGUAGCCUGCGUGUAGAAGUAGACCUUGUCUCUCUCUAUCUCUCUCUCUCUCUCUCUCUGUAUUGUGUCUAUCCUGAAUCUAUAGAUGUCUCAGCUUGAGGUCACGGGUAUAUCGCGCAGUGGCCGGGUAAGGAAGAAAUCCUCCAAACUUGUCGACUUCGAGUCGCCUGAUGAUCUAGCAGAAAAUAAGCAUAAACGACAAAUAAAGGCACAGCAAGCCCAUCAGCAACUGUUGGAUCAGUAUGAAGUACAGCCGCAUCAACAAAUAUCACCCACCCAAUCGGGUCAGCCGAAUAGCGGUGGGCGACAAAGAAAGAAUUCCGGUUCCAAUCAGUUACAGCAAAGAAUCAAGCCAGAAUCAUCCAUGUCUGACAAUGAGGGACAGUCGUCAGCAUCGGAUUCUGACGAUCCCUCUGGGUUAAACGAAGACGAGAGAUAUAGCAUGGAUUCUGGGAGCGACAAUGAAGUUGAUCCUCUUAUGAUAGAUGACAGAGAAACGGGGUUCAGGAAACUAGAACCACCAGCAGGUCAGGAAACACCAUCUCAAGCAAAUAGUUUAUAUAUGCUUGAAAAGUGUAAGAAAAAGUUAAUUAUUAAAGAUGGGAAAAUUAUAGGCAAGACAAAGGCUCAGCGCAAAGAUAAAGGGAAGACGAGGUUUACCGCUUACAUGCUAUGGGCAAAAAAAAUUAGGCAAGAACUGUUAGAGCAAUCUCCUUACAUGGAUUUUGCGGCAAUUUCUAAGCGAUUAGGAGAGCUAUGGGCUACAGUACCACAUCUGGAAAAAUAUAAUUGGCGCAGGCGUGCAAAACGCUUAGCAGCAAAGCCUCAUUCUUUGCCGGCAAAUAAAGACGAGCCUAUCUGGAAAAUGCCACCGCCCGCCUCGCGAAAAAAAUUCAUUAAUAAAAUUGGUAACGGCAAAGAGGCGAAACCUGCUUCUACGAAAAAGACGAUUCAGCUCGGCGUGCCGUCCGUCGUGGGUAACGUUCCUGUCUCGCCGCCGGCUAAUCGCGCCAGCAAAGAUCUGGUCAAUGAGCCAGUGAUCGGCACUGGCAUGUACAAAGUUAUCGGGACGCAACCGAUUGAUGUCGCGGCUCAUCUGAAACUGCUUGGUGAGAGCCUGACUAUUAUCGGGGAACGCUUGAAGGAACACGACGGUCAGAUUGCGGUCUCCGGAAGCCUCUCAGUGUUAUUGGACUCGUUGCUCUGUGCCUUAGGUCCGUUAGUUUGUUUGACUCAACAAGUGCCGGGGACUAACGGAGCUAAACCCGAAACGCUCUCCCAAAUGCUCGACAACAUCGCUUAUUUAAUGCCCGGUCUAUAAUAUAUGUACAAAGUAUGUGUAAAAUAUACGACACAAGUUAACUAAAAUAUACAAAGUUACUUAGAGCAAUGUAAAUAGAGAUACUGAAAAUAGAGACGUGAAGAAUAGAAAGAUGAUGACAGUAAUGAGAGACUUUUUGAGAUGUCAUUCGCAAGAGCGUGAAGAUCAAAUUGAUGACCUGAAUGAUUCGCUCGCGCUACGAGUUCAAAUCAAUAGAAACAGAGAUCCUCGUUAUAUUUUAACUGCUCGUGUCAGAGUAUGUUUUAUAUAAAUAAUAUAUUUGUAUGAAAGUGAUAAUAAAUAUUUAAUUAGUUCUA